CAUCAAUAGCCAGCUCCCCCAGCAAUAUUGUGCUCGCUGGUGAUACCUGGUAUGAAGGAGCAAGCGACACAGAGCGUUCCCCAGGACGCUGACGAGUUGCGUGCGCGCAAUUGGGUGCCUCGUAACCAGGGUGCGGCUCCGACAACCAUCGCUGCCGUUCAUGAACUGGCCGCGAAGGAGAAAGAGCGGGAAGCUCAACGGAGCACGUCGCACAGCAUGUCAAGAGGUGGAUCCCGUCGCGGUGGCGAGCGUGAGCACCCGCAGGUUGGUCCUGACGGCUGGUCGGUUGCCGGUACGCAGAAGCAGUCCGACAAAGCCGCAGACCUCUCGCAGUUCGGUGAGGUUAGCAAGACGCCGGCAUCUAAGAUGCUCACGGAGCGUAUCAAUAUCAUGCACGAGCGUGUGAAGAGGCUGCUCGCCAACGUCGAGAACCCAGAGGAGGAAGAAGUCGAGAGUUUGUGCAAGCUCUUGACCACCGUUGGAAAGCUCCUGGACACACCGAAGGCGCGUGCGCGUAUGGAUGUCUACUUCGCGCGCAUGAAGGAGCUCUGCAAGAACCCCAACGUGAAUUCUCGUAUGCAGUUUAUGUUGCAGGACGUUAUCGAGUUGCGUGCACGUAAUUGGGUGCCUCGCAACCAGGUUGCGGCUCCGACAACCAUCGCUGCUGUUCAUGAACUGGCCGCGAAGGAGAAGGAGGGGGAAGCUCAGUGCGGCACCACGCAAAGCAUGUCGAGAGAUGAAUCCCGUCGCGGGGAUGAGCGCGAUGACCCGCGGGUUGGUCUCGACCGCUCGUCGGUUGCCGCUACGCAGAAGCGGUCCAACAAAGCUGGAGACCUCUCGCACUUCGGUAAGAUUAGCAAGACACCGUCCUCUAUGGUGCUCGGUCCUAGCAGCAUCUUCCAGAAGGACAAGAGCAAGAGCGGCGAAAGCACCAUAUCGCGCGCUAGCUCGUUGAACAUGCUCUCGAAGCUGAUCGAGGAUCAGUUCGCGAACUUUGAGACUGUAUCGUCGAAGUCGAGCCGACCACCGAGCCGCUUCGCUGCCGUUGAUGGACUGGCCGCGAAGGGAACAGAGCGGGACGCUCAGAGGAGCACGACGCACAGCAUGUCGAGAGGUGGAUGCCGUCUCCGUGUUGAGCGCGAGCACCCGCGGGUUGGUCUCGACCGCUCGUCGGCUGCCGGUACGCAGAAGCAGUCCAACAAAGCUGGAGACCUCUCGCACUUCGGUAAGAUUAUCAAGCCACCGUCCUCUAUGGUGCUCGGUCCUAGCAGCAUCUUCCAGAAGGACAAGAGCAAGAGCGGCGAAAGCACCAUAUCGCGCGCUAGUUCAUCGAAUAUGUUCUCGAAGCUGAUGGAGAACCCUGAGCUUGCGAACGAGGCUGUAUCGUCGAAGUCGAGCCGACCACCGAGCCGCUUCGCUGCCAUUCAUGAACUGGCCGCGAAAGAGAAGGAGCGGGAAGCUCAGUGCAGCACCGCGCACAGCACGUCGAGAAGUGAAUCCCGUCGCGGGGAUGAGCGCGAUCACCCGCAGGUUGGUCUCGACGGCGGGUCGGUUGCCGGCACGCAGAAGCAGUCCAACAAAGGCGGAGAUCUCUCGCACUUCGGUAAGAUUAGCAAGACGCCAUCGUCUAUGGUGCUCGGCCCUAGCAGCAUCUUCCAGAGAGACAAGAGUAAGAGCCGAGAAAGCACCAUAUCGCGCGCUAGCUCGUUGAACAUGUUCUCGAAGCUGAUGGAGAAUCCUGAGCUCGCGAACGAGACUGUCUCGUCGGAAUUGAGCCGACCACCGAGCCGAAAGUCGAGCAUUGACCUUGGUCCGGGUGGUGUGCCAGAGCCGGCACCGCAACGCAGGAAACUGCAACUCCUUCCACGGUCGAAACCGCUGGCCGACGAAACGAAGUCCACAGCGACGCCUGCUGAAUCAGAGGCUGGCGGUUCUGACAAGGAGAGAGGAGAGGAAAACGUAUCGUCGAUGAGCGAGGCAGAGGCCAAGACACGGGUGAAGGAGGACUCGAAGGAGGCAGACGCGCAGCUUGUUGCGGAUUUCUUCUCGCGUGCUCUGUCAAAGAACUUGUGCUCGCCGCAGGCCUUCGAGGACGGCUUUGCUCCCGCUGCGGAGAUCCUUGACGACAUAGCGAUCGAUGCGCCAAAGGCAUUCAACCUCAUGGCGAUCAUGAUGAAGGGUGCCGGGCUCGACAAAGACGAGGAACGGCGGACGCGGCUUGCGAGCAAGUCGAUGGACAGCGACAAGUUACUCGGCCUGCUAUCAUAG